UUACAAAGAGAUUGACUCGGCAACAAGAAGAAAAAGAAGGAGAAGGGGGAGGAAGAAGAGGAGGAGAGGAGCCGGGCCUGCAGCAGUGAGGCAAGCAGAGGAAUACAUGAGGAGAGAGCGAGAGACAAACAGAGAGAGAGAGAGAGAGAGAGAGAGAGGAGUUGAAUUGAUCAUAUUCUGAUCAACAACAGCAGAGACUGCGGAGCAUCAUCGGCAGCAGUUGUGUUUUUUUUUUUCGGGGGGAGAUGACGGUGACAGCAGCAGCAGGGGGGAGGAGGAGAGAGAGAAAAAUGUGAGUGGGGAUCAAUAAUCCUCCUCCUCCUCCUCCUCCUCCUCCUCCUCUUCCACCACCUCCACCUUCAUCCCUCCAUCACCUCUGCAGGAGCCGCUGAAUCCUAAGGAUCCAGAAGUGCCAUCCAACGGGAUGAUAAUGAUGUUCAAUCCCAAAUGUUUCACGGCCCCCAGUGAGAAGACAUGAGAUUCAACCUUUGUUGGACCCGGACAGAGCGACUGCAGGAGGACUGGAGUCCUGCAGGUGAACCCAUGGACCAGGGAGAGGUCAACGUGACUCCUUCUAUGUCUUUCAGAAGAUGAUCUUCAACGUUAACACUUUCAGUUUGUGGAGCUUUGCAUUCUGUUGAUAUCUUGAUGUUUGGUUCCAGACUGUUUUGAUGAUGGAUCUGAACUGAACUGAGCCUAAUUUACUUAUUUCUGCUGCUCAGGAAACUCCGGACUGUUUGAUUUGAGAUUUUUCUGCAGGAGUUUUGAUCCCAGGAUUUAAAAGAAUGUUCUGCAGGGAAACAAGUGAUUAGUCAACUUGUUUGAUGGUGGAAGAGAAAUAUAUCACUUGUACUUCUCGUGUUGGACAAUCUACAGUUUCUCAGCAAUGAUAAUGUCCUACAUGGUUGAUCCAGAGGGACAAAUCAAAUCUCUAUCAGCUAUGCUCUCCGCUCCUGCUCCUGGAGAACCGAUGCUCUGAUCUCCUGCAUGGAGCGCAGGGAGGGGAUACAACUGAGUCACUAAAACACACAAAGACACACUUUCUGACUGUGGGAGGAGGAAAAACAAUCUCCAUGUCCUAGAAGUUUGUUCUGUUUUAUUACCGCCAUGGGUCGAAGCCCAGCAGGAACAUCUGACUGAACCAGGGGAUGGUGGACGACUCGAUAAAGCUCUCCGCAUGGAGCUCGCCAGGUCAAGGUCCAUCUUGAUACUCAAAGUAGUCGAAGAAGAAAAAGUCCUCUCCCCCCCACUCACCUCUGGUGGGGGGGAGGGUGAAAGGUAGUUUAGUUUUUAGGGUGUAGGCCCUAGGGCCAUAGGGUGUAGUUUAGUAGUUAUUUAGACUUUAGGUUUUAGUUUGUAGACUAGAUAGCAGUGUAGGUGGAGGCUCUCUGUUGUGUUGAGGCUUCCACUCAGUGUUUAGUGAGUUGAGCUUCUUUUCUUUUAUUCUCUACGAACCCCCGGGUAUCGAACUCUCAGCGGGUUGGCCUUUGGCUCUGCACCAGCUGUGGCUGUUCCUCAGGCAGCAUCUCAUCGAGUGCAGGAGUUUAGCAUUUAGCCUCAGAGCUCGCUGUAUCUAACCAACUGUAACAUCCAGCGGUCUUUAGCUGAUCAUGGAAGCUCACCAGGGCCCCGGCCAGGGCAGCCCAGAGAGCCCCAACCGGGCCGUGGAGUACCUUCUGGAACUCAACAACAUUAUCGAGAGCCAGCAGAAGCUUCUAGAAACCCAGCGGCGCCGAAUCGAGGAGCUGGAGGUCCAACUGGACCGGCUCAGCCAGGAGAACAAGGACCUGCGUCUGGACCGGCAACCUGUCGUUCCUCCUCCACCUGCUCCUCCUGAGCCUCCGCUCCCUCCUCCUCCACCGCCCCCUCCGCCCACUCAGGCCACAUCAGUGUCUAUUUCCAAGAACCACCACUACCACCACAACAGCCAGCACCAAACUCCUCCCCAGCCCCCUUCCUCCAUCUCCCUCCACCACAGCCACCACCACCACCAGCAUCAUCAUCAGCAGUACCACCACCACUCCUCCACCCACCAUUCCUACAACAGCACCAACAGCACCAGUGCCCCUGCUAUCCCGGUUCCUGCUCCAGCGUCAGCCCCAGCCUCCAUGACGAUCCCAGCCCAGAUACCAGGUCCGAUCUCUUCCCCAGCCCCGGCUCCACCUCCACCUCCUCCAAUCCCACCUCGGGAUCAACCGCGGGCCCACAGCCGGCUGUCCCGAGCGUCCUCCACCUCCACCAGCACCGGCACCAACACCAACUUUGUGGAGAAAGAGAAAGAGAGGAUCGAGCACCUGCACAAAGUCAACGCCUCCAACAACCACCACGCCAACACGCUCCACCAUCACAAAACUGUGGAGGGCGAGUCUCAGUGUCCGGAGACGCUCACUUUUUCUGAUUCGUCCUUCGGCCACCCGCCUCCCUUCCAUCGCUACAGCAACAGCCCCCUCUCCAGCCCCUGUGAUCCCUACAGCUCCGCCUCCACCAGCGGGUCCCUGGGAGCCUCCCACAUACACACUCAGGGCAGCUCUCCCAUCUCCCCCCCCAGCCCGGCGAGCCUUGCCUGGGCUCAGCGGAGUCGACACCAGCCGGCCAGCCUGGCGCUCCGCAAGCAGGAGGAGGAGGAGAGCAAACGCUGCAAGGCCUUCUCGGACAGCUAUGAGCUCUCUACAGACCUCCAGGACAAGAAGGUGGAGAUGCUGGAGAGGAAGUACGGAGGACAGUUUGUGUCCCGGCGGGCGGCGAGGACGAUUCAGACCGCGUUCAGGCAGUACCGCAUGAACAAGAACUUUGAGAGGCUCCGCAGCUCCGCCUCCGAGAGCAGGAUGACCCGACGCAUCAUCCUGUCCAACAUGAGGAUGCAGUACUCGUUCGACGAGCGUCCGCCACAGUGUCAGGGGUCAGCAGGUCAACAGGGGUCAGAGGACGCAGGGGACACGGACGACUCCUUCUCUAAACAAGUGAAGUCUUUGGCCGACUCCAUGGACGACUCGCUCACCUGUCAGUCCGGACGAGAGGACUCACAGGAAGCAGGAGGAGACGAGGACGAGGAGGAGGAGGACGGAGAUGAAGAAGAGGAAGAGGAGGAGGAAGAAGGGGAGGAGGACGAGGAGGAAGACGAAGAAGACGAUUACAGACAGUGUGCGUGGCGCAACACCAACACGUCCUCCCACCGCGCCACAGGCCGGGUGGGAGGGGACGGGAGGGGAGGUGCCGACAUGCACGAGGACAGCACCGCCACCUCCUUCAGUGAUGUCACCCUCUACAUGGACGAGGGCUGCCUCCCCUCCUCGCCGCUGUCCCGCCCCACCUCCAACUCUGACACGGAGUACUGGGGAGGAGGGCGAGGAGGAGGUGCAGGGGGGAGGGAGGACAGCAGGGAGACGGAGGGAGGAAGCAGCCGGAGGAGCAGCACGCCCUGUACAGAGUGUCGGGGGGAGUACAGAGGGAGGGCAGGAGGAGGAGGAGGAGGAGGAGGAGGACACCUCCCUGUCCUGACCAUCGAACCCCCCAGUGACAGCUCAGUGGACAUGAGUGACAGGUCAGAGCGCGGCUCCAUCGGACGCCUGGUGUACGAACAGGAGCCGCCGGGAGUCGAGCGAGGAGAGCGGGAGAGGAGGGCGGGAGGAGGGGAGGAGGAGAGCGGGGAGGACGAGCGGGGGGGAGGAGGGGGAGGAAGCAGCGAGGCCGACUCGCCGCAGGGAACCAUCAAACACAAACCCAACGGCCGCUCGGUGGCCACGGCGCAGGGACAGACCCGCAGCCCGGCCAACGUGCCCCUGCCCAUCCCCUCCGCCCGGACCCUGCCCUCACACCCGCUCCCCCACCCGCUGCAACACCCCCACCCCGCGCCCAUCCCCCACCUCCCCACCAUCCUCCACCACCACCCGCAGUACAGCCAGCCACACGUCACACACAUGCACCAUGGGCACGGCGGCCCGUACAUGCAGCACCCACACCACUUCAACCAGCACCACUACCACCACCUGCACCACCACCACCUGCCCCAUGGUUACCCAGAACCCCCCUCGUCCCCGCUGCCCUCCCCCGUGCCGCCGCUCACCCCUCUCUCCCCCCUGCCGCUGCCGCUCACGCCCUCGCCGCUGUCCUCCUCCUCGUCCUCGGCUCUUCAAAACAUGGAGGCGCAGCAGCAGCACCUCGCCCACCACCCCCACCUCCACCACCACCACCUGCUGUGCUCGGACGGAGACAACGAGAGCGUCAACUCCACCACCACCAACUCCAACGACGACACCACCGUCAACAACUGCAGCUCCGGCUCGUCGUCUCGUGACAGCCUGCGGGAGCCAGCAGGGGGCGCUCCGCUGGGGAAACAGACCUAUCAGAGGGAGAGCCGCCACAGCUGGGACUCACCGGCCUUCAACAACGACGUGGUGCAGCGGCGGCAGUACCGCAUCGGACUCAACCUGUUCAACAAGAAGCCGGAGAAGGGGAUCCAGUACCUGAUCGAGAGAGGCUUCGUGUCGGACACGCCGGUGGGCAUCGCCCGCUUCAUCCUGGAGAGGAAGGGACUGAGCAGGCAGAUGAUCGGAGAGUUCCUGGGCAGCCGGCAGCAGUUCAACAAGGACGUGUUAGACUGCGUCCUGGACGAGAUGGAUUUCUCUGGGAUGGACCUCGACGACGCUCUGAGGAAGUUCCAGUCUCAGAUCAAAGUUCAGGGCGAGGCGCAGCGGGUGGAGCGGCUGAUCGAGGCCUUCAGUCAGCGGUACUGUGUUUGUAACCCGGUGCUGAUCCGACAGUUCCAGAAUCCAGACACCAUCUUCAUCUUGGCCUUUGCCAUCAUCCUCCUCAACACGGACAUGUACAGCCCCAACGUCAAGCCAGAGAGGAAGAUGAAGCUUGAGGACUUCAUCAAGAACCUGCGAGGCGUCGAUAACGGUCAGGACAUCCCCAGGGACCUGCUGCUGGCCAUCUAUGGAAGGAUCCAGAAAUGGGAGCUGAGGACCAACGAUGACCACGUGUCCCAGGUCCAGGCAGUCGAGAGGAUGGUGGUCGGCAAGAAGCCUGUCCUGUCGCUGCCUCAUCGCCGGCUGGUUUGCUGCUGUCAGCUGUUCGAGGUUCCCGAUCCGAACCGCGCCCAGAGGAGCAGCGUCCACCAGAGGGAGGUGUUUCUGUUCAACGACCUGCUGAUGGUAACAAAGAUCUUCCAGAAGAAGAAGACUUCAGUAACGUACAAUUUCCGUCAGUCCUUCCCUCUGGUGGACAUGCAGGUCCACACCUUCCAGAACACCUACUACCCUCAUGGCAUCCGACUGACCUCAGCGAACCCCGGGGGGGAGAGGAAGGUGCUGAUCGUCUUCACCGCUCCGAGCCAGCAGGACCGAGCUCGCUUCACCUCCGACCUCCGAGAGAGCAUCGCCGAGGUGCAGGACAUGGAGAAGUACAGGGUGGAGUCCGAGCUGGAGAAGCAGAAAGGUGGGAUGCGUCCCGGCAUGUUGACGGGCGGAGGACCCGGAGGAGCGGCGGGCGGCGGGGCCAACACCGGGGGGGGGCCCGUAAAGGGUGAGGUGCUCAACGGCACCCUGGGCAGGCCGUGCCUCGACGACACGUACGCCUCGGUGGACGGACUCAAACGCACGGCGCUCAGCUCAUCGUUGAGAGACCUCUCAGAAACAGGGAAGCGAGGUCGUAGGAACAGUGUGGGAUCAUUGGACAGUACCAUUGAAGGUUCCAUUAUUAGCAGCCCUCGGCCCCACCAGCAGCGCCCCCUGCCUACUGGAGGUCUGUCUUACUGCCCCAUGAUGGUCCCUUCCUCUCCAGCAGCCUACCGGCCACACCGCCCAACUCAGAGCCCCGGUACAGGGGUGGGGGGUGGGCCGGGGCUCUGUCACAACCAGGGAGGGGUCAGCACCUCCCCACUGGUGAGCGGGGGAGGGGCUGGGGGCGGAGGAGGGAUGGCGGGUGGGGGGGGCCCGACGGGCGGCGGCCUGCUGGGGAACUUCUUCGGCAGCCGCAGAGGGAAGGUUCCUGGUCCCCUGACGAUGAUGACACCGACUCCUCAGGGUCCUCCGAGUCCCUUGAUGAUAUCAUCACCCCCCCACUACCCCGCCCCCGCGCCUCCCAUCGUCCACCCAUCCUCCCCUUCCCCAGGCCCCUCCCCAUCGCCCCACCUCGGUCCGUCGGACUCGGGCGGAGUUGGAGGGGGAGGAGGUAUGGGAGGGGGAGGAGUUAUGGGAGGGGUACCGUCCAAGCUCCAGGCUUUGCACGCCCAGUAUUGCCAUGGCAGCAGUGGAGGAGGAGGAGUCAGUGUUACUGGGCACCAGCAGCAGCAAACGCCCCCCCCACCUUACCACCAUCAUCACCGCUACCACAUGCAGAGCGUUCCCCAGCACCACCCGCUGGCGCACAGGUUCUCCGGCCCCCGGCGCCAGGGCCCGCCCGGCUGCGUUCCCUCUCAUACCCAGCAGCAUCAGAGGAUGCAACAUGGCCCCGCCCAGCACCCCCGCUACAACCUGGCCUCAGGCUUCACCACGCCCCCUCCACUGUCCCCACACUCCCCCUUAACCCCUACUACCCCACACGGACUCUACCACUCGCAUCCCGCGGCGGGACGACCGGGUGGAGGUGCCAAACUCCCGCUUACCAUCUCGCACUCUCAGCCCCACCCCCACGCUCACACACACUCUCACAACCACGCCGCGCACGCACACUCCCCCCUCAGCCCCUCCCCCUCCAUCUCCCCCUCCACCCACUUCAUCUUUUCCCCCCCCCCACCCCAGACACCCUCGGCACGCCUCGUCAGCCAAACGCCUCCUCAGCCUUACGCUCCUCAGUAUCCGCCCCUCUCCUCCAUUCCACCUCCCCCUCCGCACUCCCCCUUGCCUCCCCCUUCGACAGCACCACUCUCCCCGCACCCAGGGGUGGGUGGAGGGCAAGGGGGGGGGCCCAAAUCCAAACCUGUCAGCCGGAUCAGCACGGUGGUCUGAGAAGGCAGAAGCCAAGGACGGUGGUCAGCCACCCUGCUGUGAGCGUCCGGGGGUCGGUUCUGAGAAGGAGCAGGAGAGGGAGGAGGAGAAGAGGAGGAGAGGGAGGAGGGCGAGUGCAGGUGCAUCGAAAUGGCCACCUGGUGAGGUGGAGAGCACUUAGAGGCGGGAAGAGGAAAUUACUCAGCCUGUGUUAUUUCCACAUCCACUUCCCCUGCAGGUAGAGAGACUCGCUGAGAGAUGCCUGCUGGGUAACUUUGUCCUGUCCACGCCGUCCUGCAACGUCUCAUCUUCCCCUAGCGGUGUCCUUCUGAGGUGGCCUGGGACCGGAGCGGCCAUGUUUGUAGUUUUUCAUCUACAGAGGACGUGUCAUAUUGUGAGUUAGAAUUUGUGAGUCGCUGUUGUGGACAAACGGUUCAGGGACCAGAUGUGAAGGGAACAGUGCCUGAGAACUCAUCACGGAAGUUAGCGCUCGAUGCUAACACCACGUACCGUGUCUGAAGAGACGGUUCCGGGUUUUUGGAAACCUGAGAACAAGACGAGUCCUUUAGUUAGUGUCCAAAAAAAAAUAAAAAAUAGUCUUGCACCAUUUUGUUUUUGGCACAAAAAGCACUUGUUGUUUUGGUCGUUGACGUGUGAAGAAGCCAUGAGGUGUCGCGGAGGAGCUGAAGUGCUUUGCAUUAAUCUGGUGCCGUUUCUGUGUCUUAGACAGGGAUGCAUGACCUGUGCAAUAUCUACUGAGUGUCACUGCGUCUAUGGUUUCAUCCUUUAUGCAGGGGGGGGGGGAGAUUCGUCCUCAUUUAAAGCCACAGUCCAGCUUUAAUUUGGUCGAGACAGUGAAAGUUACCGAAGACUUUACUUUCUACGUGGACGAUAAACUUUUUUUAAACUUUCAAAAAGCCAUCAAAACAAAACUGCAGACGCCUUUUUACCUUUUGUUUUGCAAAAAUGACGAAAAGCCUUUAGUGUUUGUGGAUUACAGGGUUUCAGCAGGGGGCGCUCUGCUGUGGUUUUCGAUUGGGACUUGAAAAUUGGGAUGUUGACAUUUGACCUUGUCAUUUUUUUCAAUAACUUGUAAAGGGAGAUUUAUUUAAUGAUUUGUACUAAAUCAGUGAAUGUCGCCCCUUAUUACUUAGUGUCCUAGUUAUAUGAAAGUAUAAGCUUGAACUUGUCAGAAAUUAUAAAUAUGUCAGCUGUGAUCGAUGCUCCUUGUUGUUUGUGACCCUCCAUGUUGCCAGGGAAGGAGAUUAUGCUAAAACAGGGUGCAGUCUGGGAAACAGAGUCUUUUGUUUGACUGCCUGAGAUGAGGACCUAAACGAAGACACCCCGUCUUUAAGUCAUACAAAUGUGAUUUCAGGGUAAAUUAAACACGAUCUUCCUCUACUGUAACUCUACCUACACUGGAAACAUCAAUUUAACUGGGUGGGAAAUUAUAAUGUUUGGAAAUUGUGAACUGUGUGAGGGCGGUGAGCCGCCGGGUUUGUGUCUGAACAAUCUGUCAAACAUCCUCGGAGCCUGAUUCAGAUCAUGAGAAAGAAAAAACCUGAAUUGAUAAAAGAGAGAGAGAGAGAAAGAGAGAGAGGGAGAGGGAGAGAGAGAGAGAGAGAGAGAGAGAGAGAGGAACAUCAAGGAGUUCAACAGGCGGCAAAACUCACAAAGCAUUUUCUACAAACACCAAAUCUCAGCUAAUAUAUCAAUUAUUCUAAACUUAAAACUAUAUACAUAGUUUUUGUACUUUUCAGAUAUACUGUUUCAAUGUUGUUAUUCCAAGGUGACGGUUAAAAUGUCACAGUGUAACUACCCAGAAUAAAUACAGUAAUAUUGUACUAUAAACUUCCCAACAUGUUAAACCUUUGCAAUUACACAAACCUGUAUUGAUGUAGGUCCAUAGAAACGUUUCCAACCUUCUUUCAUCAAACCUUUACCAGCAUUCAGCUCAUAGAAGAUAUUAAUAACAUCCGACCCAGGCUGAGGUGCGUUAGUUUCUCUCAACAGAAACUCAGUCUAAUCCCACAUCCACUACUUGUUGUUGUUGUGUUGCAAAAUGGAGAUAAAGGUGCCUUCAUGCAGAGGGAUGCUAAAAAAAGAAAGACUACAUUCACGUUCAAAGACAGUUCAUCAUCUAAAUCAAUGAUAUAUUGAUCGAUUGUAUCAUUUCACAAUAAUAGAUAUCAGCCAUUGACUGCAUUGUGUUAAUCUGACACAAAAGAAGCUGAGAACUGGACCUGACUCCGUCGUGAAGGACUCGACACGUCACAGAAGUAAAACAUGUUUCAUCGUCACAAGAAAAUUAUUCUCGAUAAACUCAUUUUUACACGUUAUUUUUGCACUUUUAGUUAAGACGCCAGUAUUGAAAUGUACUUUCUCUUUGUUCUGCUAAGUCCGGAUGACCCUGAUCUCAGGUCAGGAAGCCCAUGACGUUCUGUAGAAAGUCAGUGAUGAUCACUCUCCUGUCACACUGACCAGUUCUGUCAAAUGAAUAUUUACCGAUGUGGAACUGGGGGAUGAUGGGAUAUUUCUCUAAUGCUCUGACUUCAAACAUCAACGACACAGAUCUAGUUUCCCAGUGAGGAUGUGAAUGCGCCAGCUGUAGAUAUUAUCUGUACAGUGUGUUCUGUUUUCAAUGGGCAGCAGCAUCAAUCUGUGACAGUUCAGAACCGUUUGAAUUAACAAAGCGUUCGCUCAAAAAGCAGAAGCUCAUCAGGGUUCUUCAGCCUCCGAGAAAAUCUAUAGAAAAUCCCUUCAAGGUGGUUUUUUUCCAGAAGCCCUUUAUUUUUGUGACUUUGCGAAAAUAACAUUUUGGAUUAUUAUAUUAUAAUUUUAAUUUCCUCAAGCAACCAUCCUGGGUUCCCUGUUGUUUUCGAUCUGAAGAACCCUUUUGACUUUUUGGAGUGUGCUUAUUAUCAGUAUUGUUGUGUGACAAGCUUCUACUAACAUUACGUACUCCUUGGGCUGUUUUGUAUUUUUAGCAUUUUUUUAUUUUGCCAUGUGCUAAUGAUUGUGAGAUGAUUGAUUUAUUUUCUUCUCCUGAUUUGGGCUUUUUGUAACUGUACUAAAAUCGUUUUAAUUUUUAAUAUGUUUACAACUAAACCAAGAACUUUCUGUUACUAACAUUCAACUUCUUCUGACAUGUUUAAUACAGACUGUGAUAAUGACUUCCACUCACUCCCUGUUUGCUCCCCAAGCCUCUCACCAACUUUUAACACGUCUGCGACAAUUCCCAUGACCAGUACAAGACGGCCUGCUGGGAGUUGUGGGCCGCCGGGUCCCUGUCAUGUCUCUGCAGGGACCUACAGACACGCUGCCUCUUUGCCGAUCACUUAAAGUCAAACUAAUCCAGACCAACAUGAUUCACAGAGUUCUCGAGGAGCGUUGGAUCAAACCUACCUCGCAUGGAUCACUCAACAUGUCACACUGGUUCACUGCAUGUUGGACCGGAAUCGAACACAUCGGAGUUCCCAUUUGAAAGUUCCGUUCCUAAGUUUCUGCAUGUUGUUACUUUAACAAACCACAAGGACUGGACACGACGGCCAGACCUUCAGUUUUUAUAUUUCUUUUCCUUUGGCUUUGAAUUUAGUGACAAUCUCUAAAAACUAAAAUCUACCUGAGGGGACGUGAUUCCUGCUGCAGAUAGAUUUUCCAUCACUAUCAACAUUUAUGGGGCUCAAGCAGCGAGUGUUGCAACUUUUUGUGUUUUAAUAAUUAAUGAAACUAAUAAUAUUUAAUAUUAUUACUAAGUUUAACUUCCACUUUUUAUAACAUUACCCAGGCAUCAAUGUUUUCGUUAAUUUCUCUUGACAUUUUUUGAAGAUAUUGAUGUAAAAUAUCCUAUUUGUUGUCUAUGAGUUUGGUGAAGAUUAUCAGACAAGAAUUUUUUUAUUACAAAUGCUGGAUUCCUUUUUCUUUGCUAUUCUAGUUGGAUGUGAAAUUUGACAUCAGGUUGAAGAAUAAAAAACAUUUCAUUGCAAAAUAAAUGCAUGUGUGCACUUUACCUUCUGGAGUAGAAUCCAACAUCUGUGGAAUCCAACUACCAACUCAACUCAAAUGGUCCAGUGUAAUAUCUGUGUGAUGGAUUAUCUAUCUGCAAGCAGGUUUCCAUAAAAAAUACUUUUUCACAGAAGUAAUAUGAAGUACAUGUAGUGUAAGAACAUGCACAAACCUAGUUAUGGUUCUUUGAAUACUCAGUUUAAAUAGGUUUUCUCUGCCCGGCCUGCUCUCCACUAUCAGUUUGCAUGUGGUAUUUAUUACAGUAUCUGCACUGAAUGAAAUUGUAUUAUAAACAUGAAUGUACAUAACCAUUGUUAAAUGAAAAAUAAUGCGAGUACUCACUUUGCUCAGCAGCAGGCGGUUUGUCUCCGGCUGCGUUUCCACCAGGAACAGAAGAGUUUGAAUAUCACAGAUCAGAUCUGAUUGGACGGCCGCACGCAAAACAGGGAACUUUAAAAAAUGAAGCACCUCAGAUCUGAUUCAGAUGAAGUUUUAAUGCUCCUGUGUAAACGCAGUCCGUUCUGUGUGUAUCUAUAAGGGCAUGGACCGGGGGUCUUCGUUGUAUGUAACGAAACAAUGGACCGCUUUAUGGAGUAAAAAAUAUUUCUUGUUUAUAAUGUAGAGCAAAGAGAGACUUGAAUAGUCCUUGUAAAAUUGUACGAGUACAGUGUCAAAUAUGUGUCAACAGAGACCACAUUAUUUUAAAAACUAUGUAUGGAAAUUUUAGCUGUGUAUAUAAAUAUAUAUUACUUGUACUUUGUUUUUGAAAUUGCAGAGCUAUGGAAAAAGUGGAAAUAUUUAUUGCUCUAAAGAUAUAAAAUCUGUUCAUGUUGAUGGAAA